AUGCCCAGUGCUACCGGAACCGACUGGGAGAAGUACAAGAAAACCUUCGCCGACGAUGAGGUUCCUGAGAAGAAAAUCACGCCGCUGACGGCCGAAGACAUUCAAGUGCUCAAAACGUAUGGCGCUGCGCCCUACGCCGCCGCUCUCAAGAACCUCGAGAAACAAAUCAAAGAAAAACAACAAAGCGUGAACGAGAAGAUCGGUGUCAAGGAAUCCGAUACUGGUCUUGCGCCUCCUCACUUAUGGGAUAUUGCCGCCGACCGCCAACGCAUGGCUGAAGAGCAGCCCCUUCAGGUUGCACGGUGUACGAAGAUCAUCCAAGACGAGAAGGACGCCGAUAAGAGCAAAUAUGUCAUUAACGUCAAGCAAAUCGCCAAGUUCGUUGUCAAUCUCGGUGAACGUGUCAGUCCCACAGAUAUCGAGGAAGGCAUGCGAGUUGGUGUCGACCGAAACAAGUACCAAAUUCUCCUUCCUCUGCCUCCCAAGAUCGAUCCCAGUGUGACGAUGAUGCAAGUUGAAGAUAAGCCGGACGUCACAUAUGGAGACGUUGGAGGAAGUAAAGAGCAGAUUGAGAAGCUACGAGAAGUUGUCGAGAUGCCCUUAUUAUCACCCGAGCGCUUUGUCAAUCUCGGUAUCGAUCCUCCCAAAGGCGCGCUUCUAUACGGUCCUCCCGGAACUGGUAAGACACUGUGCGCAAGGGCUGUGGCUAACCGUACCGAUGCCACUUUUAUCCGUGUCAUCGGUAGUGAGUUGGUCCAGAAAUAUGUCGGUGAGGGUGCUCGCAUGGUGCGAGAAUUGUUUGAGAUGGCACGAACCAAGAAGGCUUGCAUCAUCUUCUUUGACGAGAUUGAUGCUAUUGGAGGGGCUCGUUUCGACGAUGGUGCUGGUGGUGACAACGAAGUCCAGCGUACCAUGUUGGAGCUGAUUACACAGCUUGACGGUUUCGACUCGCGCGGCAACAUCAAGGUCAUGUUCGCAACCAAUCGUCCGUCCACUCUCGACCCUGCCCUGAUGCGCCCGGGUCGAAUUGAUCGCAAAAUCGAAUUCUCCCUCCCCGACAUGGAAGGACGAGCCAACAUUCUUCGCAUUCACGCGAAGAGCAUGUCUGUCGAGCGCGACAUUCGAUGGGAACUGAUUUCCAGACUGUGCCCGAAUGCUACCGGUGCUGAGCUACGCAGCGUUGCUACCGAGGCUGGCAUGUUUGCGAUCCGGGCUCGCCGGAAGGUUGCCACGGAGAAGGACUUCCUCGCUGCGGUCGACAAGGUCAUCAAGGGCAACCUCAAGUUCAACUCGACAGCAACAUACAUGCAGUACAACUAG